CUAGAACAUGAACAAACAUUCAAUAUGAAGGUACGCUACUAUUUUGCUGGAUUACUUCUUAGUAUGGUAUUAGCGUCUGCAGUUUACUGGUCAAUGUUGCCUUUAAGCAAUAAAACAAAGCUUGUCCUAAGAACAUACGAACAUCUUCAGAAGGAAUCUGAGCAGGCGGCCUUCAACAAUAGAGAUUACGCUGCUUCUGUUUCCAAAACAACUUUAUCGACAUAUAACGGUUACCUCUCUUUAAAAGAUGUCAACGAUUCGAAAAUCAUAGCAAAUAGAGCUUCGUCGACACAGUCACUUCUCCGCAAUCAGACCGAGUAUCGACUUGGAGAACUCAUCCAAGUAAGUAUCGAGCUCUAUGACGGAUAUGGGAAGCAUAUGACCCCCGGAGGUGAUAUCCUGAGGAUAUGGCUCACAGAUCCAUUACAGCAAGCAAGUGUGAAUGGUUACGUCAAGGACCAUGGAAACGGGUCAUACACGGGUUAUUUAAUGGGUUUAUGGACAGGUAAUUGUAUCAUUAAGACGUUGAUUGCAAAUACAAAAGAACAUAUUUCCCUCGUGCAGAAGCAUAUUGAGAAACAUGGGCAGUUGUAUGCCAUGCUUGGAGGAUUUGGGAAAAGUAAAGUAGUAGAAAAAACGACGUGCAGUGUAAAGCCGGACGUCUAUGGAUUAAGAGAUAUGUGUAAUUUGACUACAGAUAACCAUGGCUAUCACUGGUAUUGUGGGAGACCUUCUCAUCCGAAUGUUACAUGUCUGGACUGGAAAACAAUGCACGAUGUUAAAACACACAACAUAAAUUCAACAAAAGUAGGAUUUAUCAGGCCCUACGGCCAUCAGCUGCUGAAGAAUAGUCCAACUAUCAGAAUAAGGGGAAAUCAUGACAAUGUUGGAUCUCCUGACCUACCAUGUUACAAGAGACCAUAUAAAGACACUUGGACCGAGGAAUCUCCGGUUGGAUUUUUUCAUCACAACAAAUGGAAUCUGCGUGGUUGCAGAAUCACCUUCGUACCUUCCCGGAAAUCGUACGAGAAAUGUCUACGUGGACAGUAUCUACUUUUAUUAGGCGAUUCAAAUAUCCGUUCGUGGUUUUGGCAGAUUCAAAAAAUAAUUGAAUCGAAUAAAACUAUGAAUACGGAAAAAUUGACUCCAAGGAAAGAUAAACGAACUGAUUUGAACCUAACUAUGCAGUGGGGCUGUCACGAAAUGCCAUUUUAUAGUGGCGAACCGGGUUUCCCACGAAAGCACAUUCAGUCCGUUGCUUGGCAUUUAGAUGAAGUUCCUCGUUUGAGGAAAGUGAUAGUCGUUAUUCACUAUGCAUAUCACCUCUUCAGAGUCAUGCCUAUAGAAUUUCGUGCACAUAUUCGAAAUGCAAAGCUAGCAAUAGUCAGACUCUUUAAACGAAACCCAGAAGCAAAAGUGUUUAUUAGAGGGGCACACUCUAUCACUUAUCCUGGAAACUUUGACGCAGUUGAUUAUUUAAGAAAGAUCCACGAACAAAUCCUGUAUGAAGAAAUGUUAGAAUUGCACGAUAAAAUCGUGUUUUUGAAUGAAUGGGAUUUAACGACAUGUAUCGCAAAUGUUAACGUUCACCCGAGUGAGAAAACUGUAAUCGAUAUGGUCAACUCUUUCAUGGGGUAUUUGUGUGGAAAUUAAGACACGUGUCUUUAUUUUGGUCACGAUUUUCAUAAUUUCUUAUUUUGUGGUCAUUUGAUGCAAUUAUACGUGUAGUGACCGAGUCCCCGUCUCUCUUUUUAAAGACAGUUGACCCCCAUCUAUAUCAGCCUAUUUAGGUGCUCUGAUGAAACAUAAUGGAAAAUUCGCAAAACUUCAGAAACAUUUAGCAUGACAGGGUAGAAAGGCUUUAUUUUCACUAAUGUCCUCUUUAGGAAACUACACUUUAAAUUUAGAAACGUUUUGUUCUGUUUUUGAUAUAUAUAUAUAUAUAUUAGUAGUAUCGUUGGUAAUGCAUCAGAAAUAUAGGGAGUUCAUAAUGCAUGUGAUAGAGGAGGUACAUUUAGCAUUUUGUAAGGCAAUUUUAGGAGUAAGAAAAAGUACAAGCAAUGAUUUAGUGUACAAUGAAUGGGGAAGAUUACCAUUGUUAAUUACAAGAAAAGUAAGAGCUUUUAAAUACUGGUUAAUACUAAAGUGCACAGACAAUUGUGUUCUGAAGGCAUGUUAUGAUGAGUGUGUGAGUGAAAAUGAUAUUUAGAUGGAUAAUAUAAAGCAUGAAAUGACGGUUCUCGGUCUUGUGCAUUUGUUUAAGAAUGAUUUACCUGUAUCUGCUGCAU